AUGAAAACACCAUCGCUUGCAUCUGGCUAUUUGCAAGGCGAUGUGGCACGGUUCGAUUGUUUCCAAACGCAUUGGAUUAAAGGCGAAAACGAAUACAAAUGUGGUGUAGUGGUGGAUUACUACGAUCCAAACCAGUAUCGUUUCGAAUGGAAUAAAGGCUCACAGCCGUGGUGUCGUUCCAGAGAGAGGGAUAAUCUCUUCAAAUGGUUAACUAUUGUCUCCGCAACUGUUGGUAUAAUUAUGGCGUUCGUGCUGAUAUUCUUAAGUUGUUGGUGUGUGAAGCAAAAGAAGCGACGGGAUGCAGACGAACGUGGUUCGUCUAUCUACGCGAAAACUCCUCUGCGAGGACCAACGGUGAAAUUUAUUCGUUAUUUAUUGCCCGAAUACAUUCAGAGUCCUUACUUUGCGAAAAAUGUCCCCCUUAAUUGA